CACAGACAUACACGGACACACGAACGAUCAUUGCACACCCCACUAGAAUGCAUCUCACCGUGAUAAACGGGCCCUUCCGCACUGCGGCCCUGGGCAGCAGGAUCCCGUGCAGUUUGAGCCCGUUCAUUCUGUCAAGCUCCUCCAACACUGCUGGGGCGCCAACCUGCUCAUCGUUCCCCGCGUUGCACCAGCAAUGCAAGUAUAGCACUGCUCGAUCCCCAAGAGCUCAACCGCCGCAACGGCAGCAGCGCCAUGCGAGUACUGGAUGCAAUGGACAGCCGCUCUUCAAGUUCCAGCACAAUCCGGCCUCGCGGAUCCCAAACCGUUCUACCUUUGCCCUGCUUCACGUCUCCGCCGCCGCCACCACCACCACCACUACUGCUACUUCCCCCCGUAAAUUCUCCACACAAGCUCCCUCGUCAUCAACGAGUUCGUCCGCAAGCGGCCCAUCCGCCCAUAGCAGUACGCCUCCCGAAAACUUGCCCCUCGAUUGGAACUCCUUCUUCCGCCUCCGUGCCUCUCGCCGGAAAUACUCGCUCGUCUCAUCCAUCGUAGCAUCUGUUUUCAGCACUGCUGGUGGCGUGCAAGUGUUUGCAGCGAAUAAUAUGGAUUCCAUAGGUGCGCAGGCUUUGGGCCUUGAUCCAUUCAUUGUCCUAGGUUUGGCAACUGCAUCAUGUGCGGCGUUGGGAUGGUUACUUGGCCCGGUAUUGGGCAAUUCGCUCUGGGGCCUUGUGCAUAGGAAAUAUAAGGCGGCUGUCGCAAUGAAAGAAAAGGAAUUCUAUAGCCGGAUAAAGCGGUUCCGUGUGGACCCUUCUGCCAAUUCGUACUCCAACCCAGUUCCCGAUUACUAUGGGGAGAAGAUAGGCAGUAUCCAGGGCUAUCGCCAAUGGCUCAAGGACCAGCGUGCCUUCAAUCGAAAGAGGCGAAGUUUCCUCUGAACUGAGGGCUGAAUUGAACCAAUUCCGCCUAGAGAUAUAUCAAAAAGCGUACUUGAAGAAGCACAAGGAUAUUGCGGGAACAUUAGAAUUUUGGCUAGGGGUGGGAUUUUGGGAGUGAGGGGUUUGUGAAAUGUUGUUUUAUGAUCCAUUCUUGUUGAGGUUAUUUAUUUACCUUUUGUAUCACGGCAGAAUGGAUAAUGUAGUUUUACCCAAUCAUGGUCAUAUGUGGACCUUGUUCUGUCUACGUCCUUUACUUUGUUUCCUUUGUUUGUUUUUAUCCUAUGUGGAAUGCUAUUUUCAUAUGUACAGUUGCAGGCUCCCCAUCCAAUCGUUUGUGAUUUUGGUCCUUUCGAUAUCCGAUUGAUAAACCUGUAUCAUCAUAACCUUGGCAUUUGAGUUGGCUUAGUACGUCGGCUUCCCCGCACGCCUUCGCGGGUAGCGUCUCCAGCAGUUUUAUCUUAUUGCCUCUAUCCACCUCAUUCAUCGGCUAAUUUUGCGAAUUAAAACUUCUAUAAAAGGUUAUUCGUUUUGUCAUCC